UUUAUUUUUCUCCUUCUUCUCCCUUCUCUCUUCUCUCUCCAUAACUAUCCUUCUCUCCUCUCUCAUUUAACGACUACCUUUAUCAUAUCCAUCACAUCAUGAGCUUUGCUGCCCGUUCCGCUUUCCGUCAGUUGACUCGUGUCGCUGCCCCUGCUGCCCGUUCCUUCUCUGUCCUGGCUCGUCCUGCCGCCAUCGCACAUAUUCCCCGCGCUGCUGCUUGCAAGAUCGCCUUCAACCAAACUCGUGGCAUCAAGACGAUGGACUUUGGAGGCACGAAGGAAGUUGUCUAUGAGCGUAGCGACUAUCCACCCGCCAAAUUGCAGGAGACCUUCAAGGACGACACCCUCGCUGUCCUCGGUUACGGUCCUAUGGGACGUGGCCAGGCACUCAACCUCCGCGAUAACAAGCUCAAUGUCAUUCUCGGAUGUCGCAAGGGCUCUUCUUGGGACAAGGCUGUCUCUGAGGGCUGGGUCCCCGGAAAGAACUUGUUUGAAAUUACCGAUGCUUGUGAGCGUGGAACCGUCAUUAUGAACCUUCUUUCCGAUGCUGCCCAGUCCAAGCUCUGGAACGAGAUCAAGCCGUAUCUUACAAAGGGCAAGACCUUGUAUUUCUCACAUGGAUUCUCGGUCAUUUACUCCGAAGAUACUGGCGUCGUUCCUCCCAAGGGCAUUGAUGUCAUUCUCGUUGCCCCCAAGGGAUCUGGUACCACUGUCCGUAACUUGUUCCUUGAGGGUCGCGGCAUUAACGGAUCUGUUGCAGUCUACCAGGAUGUCUCUGGUAAGGCCAAGGAGCGUGCAGUUGCUCUUGGUGUGGGUGUCGGUACUGGCUAUCUCUAUGAGACCACGUUCAAGCAGGAGGUUUACUCUGACCUCUAUGGUGAGCGUGGAGUGUUGAUGGGUGCUAUUCAGGGUCUCUUUGUUGCUCAAUACGAGGUCCUCCGUGCCCGUGGCCACUCUCCUUCUGAGGCCUUCAACGAGACCGUAGAAGAGGCUACUCAGUCACUCUACCCCUUGAUCGGUGCCAAUGGUAUGGACUGGAUGUAUGCCAACUGCUCUACCACUGCUCAGCGUGGUGCUCUCGACUGGUGGAAGAAGUUCCAUGAUGCCUCCAAGCCUAUUUUCGAGGAAUUGUACGAAUCUGUUGCUAACGGAACCGAGACCAGGAGAUCAUUGACCAAGAACUCGGCUCCUAACUACCGUGCAGAGCUCGAAGCUGAAUUGGCUGAGAUUGCCGACCAUGAGAUGUGGCGCACUGGCAAGGCUGUUCGCCAGCUCAGACCCGAGAACCAGUAAAAUACGGGGUUUCAAGUACACUAUAUACACUAUAUUAUAUACAUUUGUCAUCCAUCAUCUCUGCACAUCAAUAAAAAGAUUACUU